UCCCCGUCCGGCGUCCUACAUUUUCAAACUGAUAAGAGUAAACAUCGAUAACUUGAUAGUAUGUUUCUAUUAAAUCUGAACAAAACUGUAUGCAAGGCAGUCGAAAGAGCCCAUACAUGACCUACCUCCGUUGUUUGAUCGGUAUCUGCGUGGCUCUGGUUCACGUCAGUACCAUCCAGGCAACGACGCCGACGCCAACAAAGACCGACCAUGAACUCAUUCAAGAUAUUCUGAAGGAGAAUCAAAAACUUCACAAUGAACUGAACGCCAUGAAACAGUCUGUUACUGACCUCACGCGCCAAGUGAUGCUGCAGCAGACGUUUGUUGAAGAGCGCAUCCGGUCUGACGGCAGUUCCGGUCUGAAACAGAUCAGAAACAACGAAAACGGCGAGCGAACAUAUCAGACGUAUACCGAAAGUGGAGUCAGCGUUUCCGCUGUCCACGAACACUCCAGCAAUAUCCGAACCAUCGGAUUGGGGGAGAUGAAUGUCGUGAUGAACGGCGUGGAGUUCCGUACACGUCAUAACGACUACCUUCUGGCGAUGCCGGCGUCACAUCCGGGCUAUAAUGCUCAGGUGGACAUACCGUUCCCGGAAGUGCCCCCUGCAGUUCUCCACAAAGCGACCGUCCCGGAACAGGUGGAGGAAAUGAAGCUGUGGUUUAAAGCCUUCAAAGAGCAGGAUUAUUCAGUGCGGGACUACCGACCGUACUUCAAAGCGGUGCUCUGUUACAUGGAUGGCGGCUGGACGACUAAUACAAACACAGUUGAAGAACCGUUCAUGAGCGACCGACAUUCUAUCGAUGCCUCCAGCUGGUUUGAUCUCCAAGACAAGGUGCGAUUCACGUCCUACUCGGGAGGCAAGAGCAACCUUGAGAACUUUGCCUACCUGCCAACUACCAUCAUGAACGUCGUUAAUGGGACGCCGGAGUACGCCCAGUGGAACUACAGAAUCAUCUGCCACCCGCUGCAAAACGAUUUGCCAACGGCUGCUUUGAAAAUCGUAGACGACUUAAAUUCAAGAAUGCGGCGCAAUUUGCCCAUGUCAAUAUACAACACUACCCGCCUGGCGAGAUACGUGGUAAGAAACCCACCACACGGGCGGCAUGAAGAAUCAAGUUUAUGGAGCCUCUUGGACGAACUGAUGUACGAGAUUCCAGGCAAAGACAACUACGGCACGAACGUCACUGAUGACGCACUGGGCCAGAAACUGUAUCACGUGAAUUCCGACCCCACAAAUUUGACGCCCAUAAACACCGCGCAUUACCACCGAUUCUACAAAAUUGUCGAUAAGGACGCCAUGGGUAACAAGGUGGUACAUAGAGGAUUCUCUGAUCCCAACCUGUUCGCGGCUCAGACAAGCGAUCACAAAAUCGCCGGUCUUACCAUGACGACUUGCGACCACUCUCACGAGGGCCACCACGGAAAUAACCACUUCAGGCCACAGGCGUGCACGACUUUUACCCAGCGUUACACUUGGGCAAUACCGCUAGAGAUCAUUUACAUGACACCCCUGCUGAGAUGGAACCCAUACAACCUUACCCACGUUGACGCCUACACCGGCCAAGAAAUUUAUGACGUCAUGCACACAAGUACCGGGCAGAGGCGAAACGGAAACCUGGACCCCGCGCAUGCGUACAACGGUACCCACAACAAGCUGUACUAUCGGACACCGGCGGAGCUCUUCGGUGACGGCAAGACCGUUGACCAUAGUUCUGCCGACACUGCUAAAGGCUUCGUGGGCGUGUUAGACCCCAAAGGUAUUGUUCGAAAGGUUGUGGCUUCCGGCACGAGAGUCAUUCUGCCUAGUAUAUCAGGCGUGGGCCAAAUUCGCACGCGCUACCCAAUAAUGCCCUUCCAUUCAGACGGACAGCAGACGAGAAAAGAGCUAGACGCCUUAAAGGACAUGGUGAUGAACAUGGCGAGGUACGGGCCCCUGUUCGAGACCGAACCCACCACCCUGUCAUUGGCGAACCAGACCUACAACAAUCAGCCGCACGCAUUUCAUGUCGCCCCGACAGCACGUGAUCCGCCCGGUAACCACGACCACUACAUCAACAUCGUGCAGAGUGACCUUGAAGAAUUGAAGCAAGGUCACACGAUCCGCGGCCUACUCACUUCGGUGGACAACGGGCACCAGCACAGCGUUGACAUCUCCAUGGAUUCCCGCGGACACUUCGUAAUGGCGUCAUGCGACGGGAUGGCUCAAUGCUGGGACGGCCAUAGCAACCAGCUGACCUUAGAGUACUAAAACGCUCGGAAAAAUGAUUGAAAUAAAUCUACUAUUCACACA